AUGAAUCAAAUGUCGAAGGAAAAUCAAACCGGGACUUCUACACAUUUGAAGCCAGUGUUUCCAAUACCUAUUCAAUUGAACGAAGAUGGACUGGGUGAACCCUACAAUUUUUCGCAUAUCAGCAAUGUUUUGGUUGGGGAUUACCACUUAAUUCAAGGAGAGGGUGGAAAACCAUACAUUGUUUGGACUAUAAAAAUAGCUUUAGAUGAUUCUAACUAUUCUUCAAUAAUAAUAUAUAAGAGAUACAGUGAUUUGGAAUGUUUUAGAGAAGAAAUAGGAAGAACUGCAGGUUUUGACAACUUACCAAAAUUACCACCAAAAGAUAGUUUCAGCUUAGACCGUUUACUUAUGACUAAUAGGUGGCUAGAAGAAAGAUUGAAGGGCAUACAGUGGUUUUUGAGCAACGUGCUUCUCAAUCCAAGAUAUCAGCGAUUAGAGGUUGUACGAGAUUUCAUAUUAAGCUAG